AUGGACAAAGCCUCUUUUUUCCUGGCUAAAGCAGGAAGGCUGAAGAGCCGCGAAGGCCCAAGUGCAGACCAAGAUGGCGCAGAGUCCCGCUCACGGGACGGAUCGGUCUCACCGACAACCUCCACUGAACUGAUACAGGAGGAUAACCCACUGACAGAAUCCCAAAUGUGGGGUAUUAUGGCAGAGUUCAUGGCCACGAUGCAAGCUAACAUUACAUCCCAACUACAUGCCUUAUCUACAGACCUCCGCAAGGAGAUACAGGAU